ACUGAAUCUGAGCUGCUUCUACUUUUUCUCCUGUGAAACAUGAAGUUUUCGGUGGAUCGUGGUCGUUUUAGUCCCUUCAGCCUCUGCUUCAGUUUAGGACAAAAUGAGCUUCUGUCAUUGGGAAAUCUCCCCUAUUCUAUACAGAUGGGAAGCUGCAGGGGCAUGUCCUCCUCUCUCCAGAGAUCUGGAAAUGUCAGCUGGUGUGUGGACUCAGAGUCACCAACAUCUGUAGCUACAGCUCUGACAGCAACAGCCACUCCAGAAGAAUUUUUUCCCCAAAAGCACCAGUCGACUGGUUCAGGACAAAUCCCACUUCUCCUUCUGUCACCAGCAGAAAUCACAAAGAGGACACAUCGGGUGGCUGUCACACAAUCCCAUCACUCCCAUUGGAACCAACACUCCAGCUCUGCUUUGUACACCAUUGACAAACCUCCUAAUAGUCCUACCGAGGAGGGUGAGGCUGGACGAAAGGGGAAUAUCAGACCUCCAAAGGCUGACAACGGGAGCAAAGAGGACCAGUCUCUCUUACAUCCAGAGGACCAAGGAUUCCUUCUUCCCAGGAGCAGUCCAGUCAUCUCCAGACGCCACAGGCCCCUAUCAUGGCAUGGAGGGGGCACUGACACAUCAGCUCCGUCAAGCAUCCCAUCUCCUCUGGAUCAGCACUGUUGCCUGGCAGUCACCAGUGUGGAGGAUCUGGGAUCCAACCCAGAUCACCACUCAGCCCAGGUCCAGGAAGACAAGAAGUCAUGCUCUGUCUCUUCAAGUCUGUACCGCCUAUUAAUUGCUGGACUCCAGCUUCCCAUCAGUGGACAGCAGGGAUUGGCAGAGGCGCACAGACGGCAGAGCCUAACCAGCUGUCAUACCUCUCACUCAUCAGGCCUCCCCGCCUCAACACAAGACAGCAAAGAGAGAAGCUGCAGUAGUAUCCCAGAAUUUUCUGCAGACACCUUUAAGACCAGUUGUGAGGUGGAAAAGGAAAAUGCUCAUUUCAUUGUGGUGGACAUGGUGCUGGAGGUGCUGGAAGGUGUAAAAUGGACUCUGAGCUCUGAUCGAUGGACUCCCAUGAUGGACGUGCACCAACACACAAAGUGCAAGAUGUGCAGACACACAAGCUUGGCAGAGGACAUACACAGAGCAUGCAGGCACACACAGACCUGUAGAGAGGGCAGACCUUCACAUAAAAACAUGAAGACGUCACACAGAAACACACACUCCUCUUAUGUACACACGCACCAACACACACAGGAUGAAGAAGAGGAGGAAGACAGGAAUGACGAAGCUGAACAUCCACCAAAGACUUUCUCUGUCCUCUCCACUGACAGUGGAUUCGAAGAAAGUGGAGUAGACACUACACUGACACAGAGAGAUUCUCCCAGAAAUGCAGAGUGGCUGGCCCAGCAGCUGGUGCUGGAGUUCAGGAGGAGCUGGCUUCCUUCCAACCAGCCUCAACAUGGUGGGCAAAGCCUCCAUAGCUCGCUACAGGAGUUGCCAGGUACCGGAAACAUGGCGGUGAGCAGUGACAGCCUAACAGAGGAGAUCAGACUGAGGACCAGGAUGAGAGGAUCACUGAGCUGGGCCCCACCACGUUUCCAGAUCAUCUUCACUGUUCAACCAAGCCCCAGACGCAGUGCAAUAGUGGCUUUGCAGCACUUCCUAUGUGCAGGCUGUGGGACAGAGGUAGAGCCCAAGUACAUCAAGAAACUACGAUAUUGUGAAUACCUCGGCAGGUAUUUCUGUGACUGCUGCCACAGCGGCUCUGAGGCUAUGAUUCCUGGUCGGGUUCUGUCUUGUUGGGACUUUGGCAGGUACCCUGUGAGUGAAUUCUCCAAACAGCUGCUGGAUUCAGUUUGGCAUCAGCCUCUGUUUGACCUGAGGUGCGUUGGUAAGACACUGUACAGCAGAGUGAAAGAGCUGGACAAGUUCAGGGAGCUCCAGGAUCAGCUGCUGGGUGUCAAGAAGCUGCUGAAGGCCUGCAGAUUUUCUGGAAGGGUGAUGACUGAGUUUGAACAGCUUCCUGCUCAUCUGAUGGAGCAGCCUCUCGUCUUCUCCAUGGAGGACCUCCUGAGGGUGAAGAAGGGUCAGCUUGUGCUGCAGGCUAAGGCAUUGCUGCACUCCUCCAUCCAUCACGUUGAACAUUGUGAAUUGUGUCUGGCCCGAGGUUUUAUCUGCGAGUUCUGCCGAGAAAGAGACAUCAUCUUUCCUUUUCAGAGUGACAUAUGUAAGCGCUGUCCAGCAUGCAGGGCCUGCUUUCACAAACACUGUUUUUUGGAAAAGAAGUGUCCGAAAUGUGCACGGAUCCAAUCACGCAAAAAACGUAAAGAUCCAUGAAGUGCGACAUCUGACCAACUGCAACUCACCUCCUGAUUCACAUCACCUUCACCACAGUUUUACAUAUGACACUGUUGUACAUGAAAUGUAUUUUAAUUUCUAUACUCAUCUUGUCUUAGUGCUCACCUAAAUAAUCAUUGCUAACACCAGGGAAUACAAACCCACAAUGUUAAACAUUUAAAUGUUGUUAAACAUUUCCUGUGGAAAUAAAACUGGUGGGAGAGUGUUUCUAUGCAAACCA